AUGGAGCAUGAGGCCAUAAUUGGUGGUUUUAAAUGCCUUUACUGGCUUGUCAAGCACGAGAUUGCACACCACACCAACUACCCUGCAUUGCUUGAUCUGGCAGACCUUCUAGGUUGCGAAUAUUUUUCCAAAUUGAGGAUUGAUCAAAGAACCAACUACAGGUCCCACAAAAUUGUGGACGACAUGCUGCAGAUUUUGGCCGAAGUGGUGGACGAGCCCAUUUCAGCAGCAAUCAAAACCUCAAAGGCUGUAGGCCUGGAAAUAGAUGAGUCCACAGACAUUUCAGUCUUAAAACAACUGGACAUUCAUGUCAGGUAUACUGACAAAGAAGGGCAGCUCUUCUGCCAGUUCCUGGAUCUGGUAUCCAUACCAGAUGGCAUGGCAAGAACCAUUGCCGAGGCAGUGAAGGAAGUCAUUAUAGAAAAGGGAAUUCCUCAGGAUCGGAUUUAUGGCCUUGGCACGGACGGAGCAGCAGUCAUGACCGGAAAACAUAAUGGCACAGCCAAAUUACUGGCCGACACCUGGCCAGGAUUAGUGACAGUGCAUUGUGCUGCUCAUCGCCUCGCCCUCGCUUGCAAGGAUGCUGCAGAUGGAGUGCCCUACAUGAAGACCUUCAGAAAGCACCUGCAAGAUCUUUAUCUUUAUUUUAGGAAUAGUGCAAACCGCACUAGUGCCCUCAAAGCAGCUGCCAGUGUUCUCCAAGUAGCCGCCCUCAAAGUGACAGAGGUUAAGGACACUAGGUGGCUGUCUCAAGAAAAGGCCAUUUCCAAUCUGCAACGGAAUCUGCCUGCAGUGCUUGCAACACUUGCGGAGGAGGCAGAUCUAAAGAAGGACCCGGUGGCAAGAGGGUUAUACACAUACUGUGCAACGUACAGAUUUGUUGCAGCUGUACAUCUCCAGGCUGACAUCCUGCCCCACCUGGCCCGGCUCUCCAAAUUAUUCCAAAAAGAAAAUGUGAACUUCAUGGCAAUUAAGAACCAUGUUCCUGUCACAAUUGAGACACUGAGGCAAAUAAAGGCAGCAGGUGACAAGCAACCUGAGGGCUCCUUUUUGGCUCAGGUCAAUGAAAAGGUCAACAACCUUAACAUUGACGCAGAGGAAGAGAGGGUGAGACGUGACAGAGGUCAGCCCACAUCUACCGGGAGGUUUUGGACAAAGUUUCAGAACGAGGUCAUGGACCCCUACAUCGACCGUCUCGUGGAACACCUGGAGCUGAGGUUCCAGCAAGUGAGCAUUCUGGGUGCCUUCAACGCUCUGGGACCACCAGGUCCACAAGCUGACGAGGGUCAGGCCAUCUCGGACCUUAAGAUGUUGGCGAAGCAGUUUCAGGUCAUUCAAGAGAUGCCACUGCUCCAUGAGUGGCAAAGCUUCAAAGUGCUUGUGACUACUGGAAUAUUAAAAGACAAAUCCCAACUGGAAAUAAUGAAGGCAAUGACAUCUCAGUAUGAUGAGCUACAUCAGCUGUAUCCAAACCUGUCCCUCCUGUCAGCGAUCGCGCUCACGAUACCAGUGGCAAGUGUCAAUUGUGAGCGAGAUUUUUCUGCCAUGAAUAGGAUAAAGACAGACCUGCGAAACAGGCUGCAGGGCAAGAGUCUUACAGCCUGCAUGAAGAUCAGCAUCAAUGGCCCACCAGUGUCUAAGUUUAAUUUCAGCAGGGCGCUGGAACUGUUCUUUGCACAGCCACGCAGAAUAGCAUGCACUGAUGCCUCUUGUCAGCUGUGCCGCAAAUCAGAAGAUCCAGAAAGGAACUGUAAAUAGUUGAAUUUGCCCUUUUAUGUGCAUACAAAAGUUAAGUGUAUUGUCCAUUAUUUGUAUUUAAUUUGCACUGUUCUUUAAUUUUAUUUUGUAGUGUCUGCAUGUU